CCUGAUCCCCGUCGUCGCCUUUCUCCCGUUCGAUCCCCACCUCCACCUUUCUGCUGGCCGCGCGUUCGUAACCGACGAGCCAUCCGCCUCGAUGGUCGACGCCGAUAAGUACACUCCCUCCCACGCUACCCGCUAAACCCUCCUAAACCUGCCCGAGGUUGCUUGGCUUCUUCACCGUUCGCCUCACGUAAUCGCGCGCGGUCACCUCCGAGCGAUCGAGCUCCGGCCGCCGGUAACCCAGCUCCACGCGCCCACGGUUUGCCGCGCGCGGCCUGCCUCGGAGCGAGAGUAAUGGGAGCCGCGUCGUCGAGGGAGGGGGACGCGGCCCGGGCGGCGGCGCGCGAGCACACGAAGCGGUGCCGGGAGCGGCGGCGCCUCAUGCGGGAGGCCGUGCGGCAGCGGCGCCUCCUCGCGGCCUCGCACGCCGCGUACCUCAGGUCGCUCGGCGUCGUGGCGUCCACGCUCACGCGGUUCGCGGUCGGCGAGCCGCUCCCGGUGUCCGACCACACCCCGCCCGCCGUGCUCGUGCACCGCGCAGUCGUCGCCCCCUCCUCGCCGCCGCCGCUGCUCCGCGCCAUCGACCAGCGACAGCGCGAGGUGCAGCACCACCACCAGCAGCAGCAGCAGCAAGAGGGCGGCGGCGUUUUCGUUGACGUCGGCGCGGUGGCGGCGGCGGCGGCGGCCACGCGGACCGAAGGCGUCGGCGAAGUCGGGGCCGAGGAGGAGCUCAGGAUGGUGGUCAGGCACCGCAGCCUCGCGGAGGUCGCGGCGGGCCUCGAAGAGUACUUCGUCAAGGCCAGCGUCGCCGGCGACGCGGUGUCGACCCUGCUCGAGGCCACCACCACCGAGUACAAGGGUGGCUCGCACAGCUUCCUGGGCGCGCUCUGCUGCCUGUCGGCGCCAGCGGUCGACCGCAUCGACAGCAUGAGCGGCCGCCAGAGGCACAGCGCCACCUUGCAGCAGCUCCUGGCAUGGGAGAAGAAGCCCUACAAAGAUGUCAAGGCAAGGGAGCGGCUGAAGAUCAGGCACGACACGAGCGCGUCCGCCAUCGCCGAGCUCCGCGACACCCACCUCGCGCGCCAGCUCCUGGGGCUCUGCCACGCCACGCUCGACAUGUGGAGGGCGAUGCGGCAGCACCACGAGGCGCAGGGCCUGAUCGCGCAGCAGCUGCGCGGGCUGAGCAGCCGCACGUCCAUGGAGCCCACGACGGAGAUCCACCACAAGGCGACGCGGGCGCUCGAGGCCGCCAUGAACGCCUGGUGCGCCGCCAUGGCGGCCGUGGCGAAGCACCAGCGCGACUACGUGCACGCUGUCGGCGGCUGGCUGAAGCUGACGCUGGCGCCGGUCAGCGGCGCGGAGGCCUCCCCCGACCGGUGGGGGAAGGUGCUCGACCGCGUGCACUGCGUGGACGUGCUCAAGUCGAUCAAGGGCUUCGCGGCCGCCGCGCGCGCCGUGCACGCGCUCCAGAGCGACGAGCUCCGGGUGGCGCGGCGCGUGCGGCAGCGCAUGCGGGAGCUGGACCGCAAGUCCCGGAUGCUGCGGCAGGUGGAGAAGAGCUACUACGACUCGUACCUGCCCGGGGGCAUGUCGCUGUGGCACUGGGGGAGGCCGAUGGGGAGGGAGGACCACCUGCAGGCGCGGGAGGCGCGCAACGAGGUGGCGCAGCGGAGGGACGAGAUCGCGGCGUGCCGGAAGAUGGUGGAGGACGAGAUGCGGAGGCACGCCAAGGCCAUCGACGCGACGAGGACGGCCACGGUCACCACCGUGCAGAAGCUGCCCGCCGUGUUCCAGGCCAUGGCCGCGUUCUCGGCGUCGCUUGCCAAUUCGCUGGAGGCCGUGUGCGGGGCUCCGCGGCAAAACACCCACACACAGCAGUAGCUACAUACGUUUAUUCUUUUUUGCGUUUUCCAUUUUCUGUUUCUUGCAUGUAUACAAACAUGACAAACUAUAGAGAGAACCAAAUAGGAUUUAGAAAGACGAAAGACACUUAUUCCGUAAGAGCAACUCCAAUAAUAGUUUCUACUCA